CAGGACAAUGGAACUGAGGAAAGGGCAUCAGCUGACGCAAGAGCCUGAGUGAAACUGACGGACUGCAAUCAAGGGCAGCCUACACCAUGAAUUUGUGUCUACCUUCUGUGCUUUAAGAGCUGAGGGCCAGUGAAGUUGCUAGAGAGCAAUGGCUGUCUUUACUCCGUGGAAAUUGUCCUCUCAGAAGCUGGGGUUUUUCCUAGUGACUUUUGGUUUCAUUUGGGGUAUGAUGCUCCUGCAUUUUACCAUCCAGCAGCGAACUCAGCCUGAAAGCAGCUCCAUGCUGUGUGAGCAGAUCCUGGACCUUAGCAAGAGGUACAUCAAGGCACUGGCAGAUGAAAACAGGAACGUGGUAGAUGGACCAUAUGCUGGUGUCAUGACAGCUUAUGAUCUGAAGAAGACUCUUGCUGUGUUAUUGGAUAAUAUUUUGCAGCGCAUUGGCAAGUUAGAGUCGAAGGUGGACAAUCUCGUCAUCAAUGGCACAGGAACAAACUUGACCAACUCUACCACAGCUGUUCCCAGCUUGGGUGGACUUGAGAAAAUUAAUGUGGCAGAUAUCAUUAAUGGAGCUCAAGAAAAAUGUGUAUUGCCUCCUAUGGAUGGCUAUCCCCACUGUGAGGGGAAAAUCAAGUGGAUGAAAGAUAUGUGGCGGUCGGAUCCCUGCUACGCAGACUACGGAGUUGACGGGUCCACAUGUUCCUUUUUUAUUUACCUCAGUGAGGUUGAAAAUUGGUGUCCUCAUUUACCUUGGAGAGCAAAAAAUCCCUAUGAAGAAGCUGAUCAUAAUUCACUGGCAGAAAUUCGGACGGAUUUUAAUAUUCUUUACAGUAUGAUGAAAAAGCAUGAAGAAUUCCGGUGGAUGAGACUACGCAUCCGGCGAAUGGCAGACGCAUGGAUCCAGGCAAUCAAGUCACUUGCAGAAAAGCAGAAUCUUGAAAAGAGAAAGAGGAAGAAAGUCCUCGUUCACCUGGGACUCCUGACCAAAGAAUCUGGAUUUAAGAUUGCAGAGACAGCGUUCAGCGGUGGCCCUCUUGGUGAAUUAGUUCAGUGGAGUGAUUUAAUUACAUCUCUGUACUUACUGGGCCAUGACAUUAGGAUUUCAGCUUCACUGGCGGAGCUCAAGGAAAUAAUGAAGAAGGUUGUAGGAAACCGAUCUGGCUGCCCAACUGUAGGGGACAGAAUCGUUGAGCUCAUUUAUAUUGAUAUUGUGGGACUUGCUCAAUUCAAGAAAACUCUUGGACCAUCCUGGGUUCAUUACCAGUGCAUGCUUCGAGUCCUAGACUCAUUUGGCACUGAACCAGAAUUUAAUCAUGCUAAUUAUGCCCAAUCUAAAGGCCACAAGACCCCCUGGGGAAAAUGGAAUUUGAAUCCUCAGCAGUUUUAUACCAUGUUUCCUCAUACACCAGAUAACAGCUUUCUGGGGUUUGUGGUAGAGCAGCACCUGAAUUCCAGUGACAUCUACCACAUUAAUGAAAUCAAAAGGCAGAACCAGUCCCUAGUAUAUGGCAAAGUGGAUAGCUUCUGGAAGAAUAAGAAGAUCUACUUGGACAUUAUUCAUACAUAUAUGGAAGUGCAUGCAACUGUCUAUGGCUCCAGCACCAAGAAUAUUCCCAGUUAUGUGAAAAACCAUGGUAUCCUCAGUGGCCGGGACUUGCAAUUUCUUCUCAGAGAAACCAAGUUGUUUGUCGGACUUGGGUUCCCUUACGAGGGCCCAGCUCCCCUGGAAGCCAUUGCAAAUGGGUGUGCAUUUCUGAAUCCCAAGUUCAACCCACCUAAAAGCAGCAAAAACACAGAUUUUUUCAUUGGGAAGCCAACUCUGAGAGAGCUGACAUCUCAGCAUCCUUAUGCUGAAGUUUUCAUCGGCCGGCCACAUGUGUGGACUGUUGACCUCAACAACCAGGAGGAAGUGGAGGAUGCAGUCAAAGCAAUUUUAAAUCAAAAGAUUGAGCCGUAUAUGCCAUAUGAAUUCACAUGUGAGGGGAUGCUGCAGAGAAUCAAUGCUUUCAUUGAAAAACAGGACUUCUGUCAUGGGCAGGUGAUGUGGCCACCACUCAGUGCCCUGCAGGUCAAACUUGCUGAGCCUGGAAAGUCCUGCAAGCAGGUGUGCCAGGAGAGCCAGCUCAUUUGUGAGCCGUCCUUCUUCCAGCACCUCAACAAGGACAAGGACAUACUGAAGUAUGAGGUGAUCUGCCAAAGCUCUGAGCUGGCCAAGGACAUCCUAGUGCCCUCCUUUGACCCCAAGAACAAGCACUGUGUAUUUCAAGGGGACCUGCUGCUCUUCAGCUGUGCAGGUGCCCACCCCAGGCACCAGAGGAUCUGCCCUUGCCGGGACUUCAUCAAGGGCCAGGUGGCUCUCUGCAAAGACUGUCUAUAGCGGCCACCCUCUCGGCCCGGACCAAUGCUGCUGGGAAGGACAGUGGCCCCAGCCCAGUAAGGCAGGGCCAAGGGGAAAACGCCCUUCAGGGUCACUUGCCAGCCCUGACCUGUUUGGUAGGAAGGUCUCUGUUGGGCUUAGCUUCUGCUGCAGUCAGAGCAUCACAGCAGAGGAGUUUCCACAGAAACAAAAUGGGAGUGGAUGUCAGGCCAGGAGCCUGGCCCCUCCUUGGCCACAGCUGCGUUGUUAUUUUUGAGGAGCAACUGUGGAGAGAUUUUGUCGAUGUAGCUGCUCCAGGGUAAAAAGAAAAUCUCAAGAUCCAUUGAAAAGAAAAGAACAAAAAACAAGAAGAGGAAUUGAGCUGAUUGGAAAGAACAUUGUAUGGGAAAAUUCCUAAACCCAUUAAUUUAUUUAUUUGGGUGGGAGGGAGGGGGAGAUGAGGGAGGGAGAAGAGGGACCAAUCACAUGUCUUGUUUCUUCUUUGAUUUCCCAUUGCUAAUCAUCUGCCUUCUUUCUGAUAUUGUUCCUUUCUGCUGUGGGCAGAGUAUGGAAGGGAAAGAAGGAACAGGGUGAGGUUUGGGGCUGGUGACACGCUCACUCCUGAAAACCUAGUUCCUCCAAGCAAAUGGUGACAGAACAAAAGGAUAUCUUGCUUUUAAAACAAAGCCAAACACUCCAGGGGAUUGU